GACAGAUCUGCAGAAAGACGGGCGAGAUCUUCCAUUGGGUUCCAUAAUCCAUGAGCUGUUACGGAGCGAACACCAGUAAACGUGGUUGAAACAAAUCUGAUAUGAUAUAAUGUGACGGAACUCACCGACAGGCUACAAAUCUAUAUGGUUUUAUUUCAGUGAUGUAGACAAAGCAAUCCAUCAGUCAUUACAACUGUAAAGUGGUUCUUACUGUGAAGGAUUAAAACAAUAGUAUCAUUAUCGGACGCAGUAGGGAUACACCUUUAUUAAGUGUUUUUCCCGAAUGAUGGUAAUCUCAAACUCGUCGGUGCUCGGGGUGAAUUCUAGUGAUAUUGGUAAUGUCAGUUACACAUUUUGUCAUCCUUUUCGUUACCCCUCGCCGUUUGAAAUAUACGCCAUUUUGUGUCCGGCUAUCGCUCUUCUAACUCUCUUUACCAACAUUUUAGUCAUCGUUGUAUUUACGAAAAAGCAUCUUCUCUCUCCGACCUCAGUGUUGCUCAUAGGACUUGCCGUGUGUGACAUUUUGGCGGGAAACAUAAUUUCCCCGCCCUUUAUUUAUGCCUACGGAGUCGCUGAUGUAGAACAACCCCUGCCUUACCCCAUGUGCUUGUUUUACGACUACGGAAGUAUUCUGGCUGCAAUGUUCCACCAGACUUCCGUCUGGAUUACCAUGGCGCUUGGUAUACAGAGGUAUGUCGUUGUAUCCUUUCCAAUCAUGGGUAGGCGAGUUUGCACGAUAAAGCGGAGUGUGGUUUGGGUGGUUAUUAUUAAUAUUGUGACAUUAGUAAUGUACUCCAUGACCUUCUUCACAACAACGUAUGAAUCCGUGGACGUUGAUGGAAAGUCUAUGUGUGUAUGUAAGAAUAAUCCGCAUUUCUCACAAAAUAUGCAAGUGUACAGUGUUCUACGUGGGAUGUUCGGGCAGUUAGUGCCCUGCGCGGUUCUGACGGUGACAACAAUUCUCCUUGUCCGACGCCUGCACAUCACUAAAAAUCAAAUGGCCAAAAUCAGAGCUAGUGAAAAUCGAGAGAGAGAGAAAAAAGACAACCGCUCCAUGAGGAGAACAUCCUACAUGGUGAUUGUUAUCGUCUCAUCUUUUCUGUUGGCAGAAAUCCCUAAUGGCUGCUACUUUGUAAUCAAGGCUAUGGAAAUCUCAAUAUUCUCACCGGACGCCGAUCUGAAAGUAUCCACAGUUUUAAAUAUAUUGGUGUACGUUGUCAACCAUAUUAAUUUCUGGAUCUACGUGUUCUUAAGCAGACACUUUAGACGGUCCCUGAGGAAGAUUUUACGCUUGAAUUGCUUAUUCCGGUGUUGCCGCAGAGAAAACUGGAAAUUAGAUUCGCAUCAAACAACCCAUUUUAGCAGCCAUUCCCUCGGAUGAUAUCUGUUUUAUGUCUUAAUCUCAUACUGUAGCGAUUUCAUAUAAGAAGUAAUAUUGUUCUAUUCCAAAUUUUGCUGAUUCAUGCGAUGAACUCGAAAUGUCACAUAUCACCGCAAAUUCUCAAUAAAACGCUGUGUUAGUUAUAUGCACACAUUUCUAAUGUCUUUGAUAUCUCUACAAAUUGUAAUAAUAUUUAUUUCGUCAUAGAUGCGCUGCAG